CCUAACGCGAUUUCCUGCCCACCACUAUGUUGUUGACUGAUCUUAAUCUUGCGCCGUCUCGUGGUUUUGAGGAAAUGUGUGUGUUACAUCUUCCAGACAUAUAGAAUCGCAGCUAUGGACCAGAAGCCACCUGUGUGGAUGAAAAAAGAGGAAACAGAUGACAUAACAUCAAAGUCAGGCUCCAUGGAUCAGGUUUACCCAUCCAGCAUGAAUGUAAAAGAGGAGUUGGAGGUUGGUGCGAAUAAAGAGUUUGUUGAAGAUGGAUCUGGAAUCUCUUGGUCCACCGAUUUUAUCAAGGAGGAUCCUGAACUAAAUGUGGAAGUUGAUAUAACUGACAGCAUUGUGGCAACCUCAACAAGCUAUGCAUCCAGUAGUGCAAGGCGGCCGCUGUUGAGUGAACGCCUACUGCGCUAUCAGCCGUGGAACCUCUCCUUUCCCGACGACUUCAGUGCGCUGUGCGAGGAGCGGCAGCCAGAGCUGUCGCAGGUGUUCAGCCUAGCUGCCUCACUGUACGCCGCCUAUCGCGUCUACUGGUACGCUGCCGCUGAGUACAUCGAUUUAUUAUACGAAGAUGAAUUCAAGACUGUAGACGAGGAGUGGCAGCUGGAGGACAGAAGCAGCGCUACACUCUCCGUGGACACUGACUGCGUGCAGCUGUUGGCGAACGCCCUGGACCACCCCACGUGUCCGCUGGAAGACCCGCCUCUGGAAGCCAUUAAGCAGAACGAGCAGUGCCGUGUGCAGCUGUGGGACGACGUGGUGCAGAGGUCGCCCCACAUACCCGUGACCAGCUACCUGGCCUACACGCAGAGGAUAAACGUCAACCUCUGUCUGCUCGCCUGGAUGGCGGUCAACUCGUACGGCAUUUGUCAGGGCGUCCCGUUUAAGCAACACUUGUGUGUGUUAACUCGUUACAUCAACAUAGGCAAGGAGGUGGCCAUGGUGGGUGCAGCAGAAUGA